GCUAAUAUUUUUUGGAGGUUACGGCUACUUUCCUGAGGAGAAGCAACGGGGAACUUUUGAAUUUGAUGAAACUUCUUUUUGGAAUUCGGGUCAUCCCAGAGGCUGGAACGACCAUGUACACGUUCUGGACACUGAAACGUUCACUUGGAGCCAACCGAUAACCACAGGUAAAACACCUUCGCCUCGGGCAGCCCAUGCCUGUGCUACUGUUGGGAACAGAGGUUACGUAUUUGGAGGCAGAUACCGAGACUCUAGAAUGAAUGACCUUUAUUACCUUAACUUGGACACCUGGGAAUGGAAUGAAACCAUUACACAAGGUAUUUGCCCAGUAGGCCGAUCCUGGCAUUCUUUAACGCCAAUCUCAUCAGAUCACCUCUUUCUCUUCGGAGGAUUUACCACCGAUAAGCAGCCACUGAGUGACGCUUGGAUUUAUUGUAUCAGCAAGAAUGAGUGGAUACAGUUUGAGCAUAACUAUUCGGAAAAACCAAGGCUGUGGCACACGGCUUGUGCCAGCGAGGAAGGGGAGGUGAUCGUGUUCGGUGGCUGUGCCAACAACUUGCUUGCCCACUCCAAAGCGGCUCACAGCAACGAGAUUCUUGUGUUUUCUCUGCAACCAAAAUCUCUUGUGAGGCUGUGCCUAGAAGCAGUUAUCUGCUUUAAAGAGAUGUUAGCCAGCUCCUGGAACUGCCUCCCAAAACACUUGCUUCAUAGUGUCAACCAGCGGUUUGGCAGUAACAAUACGUCUGGCUCCUAAGGCUCCCGCUUUCAAUCACACCGAACAAGAAGUGCAUGGAUGAGCGUUUCUAAAAGAUGUAUUAAUUUUACCAACUAAGUGUGGCAGGCGUGAAACUUGUAUAGAUUACAAAUCGGCAUUGUUGUAGGUAGUAGCUUCUCGGCUUUAAGGUGCAUGUGAAUGGCCUAGAGAGAACCUAUUUUUGUGUAAAGAUGUUUGCAAUAAAUGUAUUUAAUGCAAGUGGAGAUGUAUCCAGUGCUUAACCAGUAGCGGGUCUGCUCAACUUACUUUACUGCCACCCUUUCAUUAAGUGAUUGUGAGAAACCUGUUUCAGAGGGGGUCAACUCUCCAUUGCCAAGAGGUGGAGUAGGUAAGACGAUAGUUUGAGGAUCGAUGGUACUCACUAAACGGGGCGACACAUAGAAUUAAGCUAGUAGUGAUCCGUAAGUACAGUAAUCUGAGGAUAGAUUCCCUGAACGGCCCGUGCUAGUAUUUAAAUGUUAGAAAACAAAAACAAUCUGUAAGUGUACAGUGAUAGAAAACCUUGAGUUUCUUUGUUGUGGGAAUAGCUUCUCCACUAGGAAACUCCUGUCGUUUAAACCUCCUGUUGUUGUGUGACUGCUUCUCCUGUGUUUUGCUUCUAACUUGUUUUCUAGCGGUUUAGAGCCUCUGUGGUGAAGUGUGGCUCUCGCCUCCUUUGCCUUUUGCCUCUCAGGAGCUUCACUUAUUAAGCCUCCACUGUUAGUCAGCAGCGGAGGCUCCUGAGGUACUUGGCACCCCUGGCUGAGGAUGGUCAGCUCUGGCUGGAGGUAGCUUUGACUAACAUCCUUGCUUCUGAGCCCCACGAGUCUGGUGGAACCAGCUCAAAUGUGCCCGCUCUGCUCCGCUUAACUGGAAAACUUUACUUGGUGUGGGCUGCUGUCUAAUCCAUGCCAAGAACUGUCUGCAUCUGCCUUACUCAUGCUCAGUGUCUCCAUGGGCUCCAGCUCAGCCACUGACGGGAGAUCGUAGUUAAAUCCUUGAAACCAAUACAAAUAAAGGGCUUUAAAAACGAGAGCACAUCACUUUCA